GCAUUGUGGGAUGUGCUCUGACGGUGUAGUCAAGAUGGCUGUAAACCUUGGACUGAGAAUAGAGGCUGCAGCAGGAAGGCCGUGAAUGAAGUUUUUAAUAGAAAAUCCACCGUCGCAGACUUAAAUCAUUGUUCUGUUGCAGCUGAACUCAAUCUGCGGAGGACCUGACACAUUCACCAACAGCAGCAGAGUCACAAACAACUGAGGAUAAAGUCUCGUAUGAAUUCCGACGAGAAGGAGGACUGUGAGUGUGCGCCACCACAGGCCGAGACUAGCCCCGCGAGAGGACCCGAUAGAGAAUACGAGGAGCCCGAAAUAGAAAACCCAGAAGCAAGCCGAAUGAAGCGAGCAGCUGCCAAACAUCUAAUAGAGCGCUAUUACCACCAGUUAACGGAGGGCUGUGGGAAUGAGUCGUGCUCCAACUCAUGGUGUGCCUCAUCAGUUGGCUUCAACCGCAUGGAUAACAAUGCAGCAGCGGUCAAAGCCCUGGAGCUCUACAAGGUCAACGCUAAACUAUGUGACCCGCACCCCUCGAAGAAAGGCACUGCUUCUGCUUACUUGGAGAGCAGCUCACACAGCAAUUCAGCCUGCAGUAACAGAAAGAUGAAUAAUAAAGAUGUCCAUUCUGUACGGGACAAUUUCAAAGAUGUAAAUUACCUGACAGAAGAAAAGGUGUAUGAGAUCUUGGACAUCUGCGGAGAGAAAGAAGAUUACUCCCCUCUUAUUCGAGUAAUAGGUCGGGUGUUCUCCAGUGCUGAGGGUCUGGUGCAGAGCUUCCGGCGGUCCAAACCUCACACCAAGGAGGAGCUCAAGUCCCUCCAAGGCAAAGACGAAGACAAGGAUGAAGAUGAGAAGGAGGCGGCAGCGUGUUCCGCCACGGCAAUGGAGGAGGACUCCCCCGCGUCCUCGUCGUCACUAAGACUCGGCGAGGGCUCGUCGGGGGAGAACGACGUCCAAAAGCUGGCACCAGAUGAGGUCUCGGUAGACAUCGACGCCGUGCGACGAGUCUACGAGCGUCUGCUGUCGAAUGAGAAGAUCGAAGCCGCCUUCUUGAAUGCACUGGUCUACCUCUCGCCCAACGUAGAGUGUGACCUGACGUACCACAAUGUGUACUCAAGAGACCCAAACUACCUGAAUCUAUUUGUUAUAGUCAUGGAAAACAGCAACCUUCACAGCCCAGAGUACCUGGAGAUCGCUCUGCCGCAGUUCUGCAAGGCCAUGAGCAAACUCCCACUGGCGGCUCAGGCCAAGCUGGCACGUCUAUGGUCGCACUACAGCACCGAGCAGAUCCGACGCAUGGUGGAGACCUUCCAGCAGCUCAUUACUUAUAAGGUCAUCAGUAACGAGUUCAACAGCCGCAACCUAGUCAACGACGAUGACGCGGUGGUGGCGGCCACCAAGUGCUUGAAGGUCGUCUACUAUGCAAACGUGUUGGGGGGCGACCUCGACACGGAGCAUAACGAGGAGGAGGAUGAGGAGCCCAUUCCUGAGUCCAGUGAACUCACCCUGCAGGAGCUGCUGGGCGAGGAGCGGCGGAACAAGAAAGGCCCCCGCGUGGACCCGCUGGAGAUCGAGUUAGGCAUCCGCACCAACGAUUGUCGGCGGCCGCUCAUCUCCUUUGAGGAGUUCGUCAAUGAGCCUCUGAACGAGGUGUUAGAAAUGGACAAGGACUACACUUUCUUUAAGGUUGAAACUGAAAACAAGUUCUCUUUUAUGACGUGUCCCUUCAUCCUCAAUGCCGUCACCAAGAACCUGGGUCUGUAUUACGACAACCGCAUCCGCAUGUACAGCGAGCGGCGCAUAACUGUUCUCUACAGCCUGGUGCAGGGUCAGCAGCUCAACCCCUACCUGAGGCUGAAGGUCCGCCGAGACCACAUCAUCGAUGAUGCUCUUGUCAGGCUGGAAAUGAUAGCGAUGGAGAAUCCUGCAGACUUGAAGAAGCAGCUGUACGUGGAGUUCGAAGGAGAGCAAGGUGUUGAUGAAGGAGGUGUUUCCAAAGAGUUUUUUCAGCUGGUGGUGGAGGAGAUCUUCAACCCAGAUAUCGGCAUGUUCACUUAUGAUGAACGCACCAAACUGUUCUGGUUCAACCCGUCGUCGUUUGAGAAUGAGGGUCAGUACACUCUGAUUGGCAUCGUCCUGGGCCUGGCCAUCUAUAACAACUGCAUCCUGGACGUGCACUUCCCCAUGGUCGUCUACAGGAAGCUGAUGGGCAAGAAAGGAACGUUCAGGGACUUAGCAGACGCCAACCCGGUUCUAUACCAGAGUCUCAAGGAACUUUUGGAGUAUGAGGGCAGCGUGGAAGAAGACAUGAUGAUCACCUUCCAGAUCUCCCAGACAGAUCUGUUUGGGAACCCACUCAUGUACGAUUUAAGGGAAAACGGGGACAAGAUUCCAGUCACAAAUGAAAACAGAAAGGAGUUCGUUGCUCAGUAUGCAGAGUACAUGCUGAAUAAAAGUGUGGAGAAGCAGUUUAAGGCGUUCAGGAGAGGCUUCCACAUGGUAACGAAUGAAUCACCGCUCAAAUACUUGUUCCGGCCGGAGGAAAUUGAGCUCCUGAUCUGUGGAAGCAGGAACCUGGACUUUUUAGCACUUGAAGAAACGACGGAAUACGACGGAGGAUACAACAGAGAUUCUCGAAUCAUAAAGGAAUUUUGGGAAACGUUGCACUCAUUUGGCGAGGAGCAGAAACGUCUGUUCCUGCAGUUCACCACAGGCACCGACAGAGCCCCAGUGGGGGGGCUGGGCAAACUGAAGAUGAUCAUCGCAAAGAACGGCCCCGAUACCGACCGGUUACCGACGUCUCACACUUGCUUUAACGUCCUGCUGCUUCCCGAGUACAGCAGCAAAGAGAAGCUGAGGGAGAGACUGCUGAAAGCCAUCACCUAUGCCAAAGGGUUUGGCAUGCUCUGAGCCCCCCGCUCCCAACACACUGCAAUCGGACUCCUUCUCAGAAAGCCCACCGCCCUUCCCUUAUCAGACACAAAACAAACAGGUGACGACAGACAGGCCAUAGUGUGUUACCAGACCAAGCAAAAGCAAAUAAUAAACCAGGAGAAAUGGUUCCGAUAGAGCGCUCUAGAAGUCAUUCUACUGUGCCUGCAUCAUCCCACAUCAGUCAGUGUAAGCACAGAGACCUAUUGAUCAAAGCCCACCCCCUCAUACAUACAUGUGAAUGUGCUGCAGCCUCAUCUGCUUCUUUUCUAUGUACAGAGAGGAUCAUUUUCCUUCUUAUUUAUUUUAGGGUUAAAAUUGGUUCUUUUUCAUGUCUGCCUGUUGUGAUAGCUUCUCUACCUUAGCGGAAUGGGGAGGUUUAAUAUUAAACUAUCAUGAUUCGGGAUGAUGCAUUCAUUACAAAGUCAGUAGACGCCCAAUUUAAUGAACAGCAACGUGAUAAGUAGCCCUCACAACACUCUGAAUUUGAGUUUUAUUGUAGCCUUGCCUUCAAAAUAUCGUCUUUUCCCACUGGAGAACGAGCUCCCGCCGACCAUUCCACUCAGAAUCCGGUUACUGUCGUUUCCACCGAUUUAUGAUUGAGGUAAGCAUUUGGAAAGUGACUGUCAUUUGGUCCUAAAUGGCACAUCGAAUAGCUGUCUCUUGUUUGUUUUUGGGCCUUUUUUUCCUUUGGGGGGAGGGGCCCCACAGGUUAGACUUAAAUCUUGUCAGAGCUGUGUAAGUGCACUUAGACAUUUUCAGAAUGUUUGUUUUUUGGCCACAGGUUGCCAUGAUUGUUUGAAGCAUUUUAUUUCCAUGUCUUCCUGUGUUGAUGAUUCUAAAUAAAAGCAGUAUUUAUAUAUCAGUGCAGUUGGAACACCAGUACCAUAUUGUGCACAUCCUGGAGGUCGUACACAUGUAGAACAGUCACUGAUGAUGUUUUCGACGGCGUGGCUAACGGACGUAGAGCUCUUCUUGUGCCAACCAGUAGAGUUGAUGGGUUCAACUCCACUAAGCACUUUGUGUUGUGUGUAUGUCGUCCUGUAUGAAUAGAUAGCUCACUGUAAACCCGGCUUAAGAAAACAUCCCCAGGCCUUUUUUUUUUUUUUUCUUUUUUUUUUUUUUUUUUUGGAAAGGUCACUGACAAAGCUUUAGUACCUAAUCUGUUGCCGUUACACUUGAGACUUACAUGGAAAGGACCAUGUAAAAAAACAAAAGAAAAAAAAAAAACAGACCCAGGAUCAGUCAGUCAGGAUAUCAGUUGAGGCAGCCACAAUUCCAUCUGUUGCCACGGUAACAGCAUACGCAUCCUAUACAUCCACGUAACCAGAAGAACAUCAGCUAAAACCUCGACAAAACCAAAUUUUUUAUUAUCGCUGUGUUUUGUUCAAACAACAAGCACUUAACGGUCAAAAACAGUGUAAGACCAGCAAAUGUCAUGAAUAAUUUACUAAAACAGAACAAUGAGACAAACUCCGCAGUGCUAAGCUAACAGCGCUAAGCUAACCUGAAGCAGAUCCAACUGUUGAAGGAUUACUGACUCACUGAACGAAAAAUAAAGGUCACAUUACGAAGAGAUGAUCAGGAAUGUUGUCUUAUCUUUACUGUUUUCUUACCGUAACUUGGUUUAAAUGAAUGACGCUUCUGCUAUCGGCUAAUCUAUUGGUUUGUGUUGCAUUGAAAUGAUUCCCACUGGAAACAAAUGGACCAGGGUUUAACAGGGUUUAUUAAGUGUGCAGUGAGAAAAAUGUAAAGAAGCUCCAAAUGAAUAUUUAUUACCCAUCAUAGGCAACAAAAGCAAUGCGGAGUGACAACACUAAAGCCUCAGUAUGUAGUUUUUACUGCCCUCUAGUGGUGACUAGAAUUGUCAAAAAUAUUUAUUUGAUUUUUUUUUUGCCAAAAAUCUCACAAAGUUCAUAUUAUUGUUCACUUAUACCAACAGAUAAUAAUGCGUUUUAACUUUUCACUGUGCAACAUUUGUGUUUACUUAUUCUCAUUAAUUAUUUCUGUAUUAAUGAGAACAUGAUGAAUAUACAAGUAAAAUUAGUGACUUUCAAAGUGACUUCGAUGUGUCCUGAUUGGCUGCCUGUGUUUCUAACCACCUCUGUUUCAUUUAUAGUUGUGUUUUUUCAUCCUGAAUGGAAAAACUGAUGUCCACACCAAGAAUUAAAGGUGUCAUUUAUGUCAGAUAUUGUUCGUCUCAAAAACUGGGUUCAGGCUGAAUGAAAACUGUUGAAGUGGAUGUCAAUAAAUUAAAGUAAUAAAUGCAUAAAUCAGCACCUAUUAAUCAGCCAAAUUAGUUAAUUAGUCAUAUCUUCAAUGUGUUUUUGUCGUCUAUAGUGGACAACAGUUUCACAGUUUUACCGUGUCUGAAAAAACUGUUCCAAUUAAGGCAGUUUAAUUAAUGUAAAAAAAGCCAAAAACUUUUAUGUUCCAGGGUCUCAGGAGGAUAUUUCCUGAUCCAUUAUCAUUAUUAUUUUAAAUAUUUCUUUUAGAUUCCCUGAAAUCUGAACUGAUCAUCCGUUCUGACUGAUCAUAUUUGGGUCUGGCAUACUGUUGAAAUUAAAACCAGGUGUAACCUCCAUCUGUCAGUGACCGUAUGAUGUAAAACUAGAUAAUAAUUGGAAACAACUGAGCUGAAAUCAUCCCCGUACCAAACAGGUAGACGUUUUGUAUUGUUUGAAUCAUCGCGUUUAUGUUCGGUGGAAUAGGUUUUCACUCCUUAACGACCGAAGAAGCGCUUGCAUUUAUGAUCGUGCUUGUUUGUUCUAAUAAGUAUAGAAUUUUGAUGCUUUCACAAAUGCUCAACACAGGUUUUUAAUCGACAUACGUCAAAGUUAACCUUCCGGUAUCUGGGUGAGCAUAUUGUGCACACUUUGCUCUUCAUGUUGUAACAGGUCAUAUGAUUUUUCACUGUUUGUUGUAGGUCAGAAUUCAAAAGUUGUUCAUUUUUGCAUGAUUUUUAAAAUUCCGACACUAAAAUCAACACAUUAUAAACAAUGGAAAAUUACUACACUAGCACCCUUCUCCAAAGUAAGUAAAAAAUGCACACUGACACAUUUUAGCACUUAACAUUUGACCAAGCACAAACAAUAAUAACACAUAUUUAAAAAUAAUAUUGCUGUUAAUCAGUGACAUAUAACAGACUGCAAAAAUCAAUAAAUAAGUCAACCAGUUUUUAUGACGUAUACUGGGGGGAUUUGCAUCAAAAAACAUAGUUUAAAAAGACACAAAAAAAAAAAAAAAUUUCACAGGGAGCUGCUGGUAUUAGACAAACCAGAGGUGCUCAUGGAGAGGGCAUGAACAGUAGGAAAAAAGAACAAAAUCCUGGCAUUCACUUGGUUGGAAAAAUUUGAAGUUGUAAAAAGCCUUUAUUUCAUGAAGGCCUUUAGAUGAAUUCAUUGGGGCUGGAGUUAAAAACACACCAAUGCGUGUCGGCAUGCGCUGCCUUCCUGGUGAAAUAUGGUUAAUAGAAAAAAUAUGGUUUGUUUACAUCACAAACAUGGCAUUUAAAGGGUUAAAAAAAUGGCAUUUAUUGAAUAUUUGGUGUUUUUGUUUAUGGCUUACGUUGAUGAAAUACCAAAAAAAAAAAAAGUUAAAAGUUAAAAACAAACUAACAAAAGCAUUUUUAACAUUAUUAUGGAGCUGUGCACAUUAUGCACCAUUGGUGGUUAGGAGGGACCUGUCUGGGCCAGAUACCGAAGGGUUAACUCUAAAACAGGCAUGACUGAAUUUCAAGCGUACACUAAAUGAUUUUCAUAUCACACCGCAACGACUGAAAACCGACGGGUUGCCUUGAAUUGUUGGGAAAUGACACCCAGAAAUCCAAAAACGAAAGCAUGCUUUGGAAAAAGAUCACGAAAAUGUAACAGUCGACACUGUUUAAGGUUCAUUUCUCGUUCUGCUGUUGAAAUGUUAAACCGAGGACUGGAGUUUUUUGAUUUUUAAUUCAUGUAAGGUUGAUAAAUUGUAGCAUCCUCCCCCCGAUUUCAAUCCAACAAUUAUCGCAACAGUCUCCUCGUCCUCUUCUCGCUGUCGUACCCUGAGCUUUUAGCCACGUCUUGGUUUGUAAAUGAACGAUGUGUUUAAGUGCAGCCACAGAUGAGGCUACGUCCACACUAAUACAGAUUUAAAACGCAUAGAUUUUAUUGCAUUUAACAGCCAAAUCUGAUGUGUCAGGACAUUCUAGUACAUGAUUCUACGUCUGUUUCAUUCCAAAAUAAACUGUGUUGGUUGUGUUUUAAUGUGGGAAGAGAAAAAAAAAGCAAACAACUUGUGGAAACAAUGAUGAACUUACACAUAUACUGCGCUGUGAUUAGUCAGACUGUGGUCACAUGAUCCAUGACUACCAGGAUACUGAAUUACACAUAAAGUUAUUUUAAAAAAAUCAUAGAAUUACAGGUUUUAUAGAAAACAUGGCUGGAGCUUCAGUUUAUUUAUUUAGUUAAAAAUAUGUCGCUAAUUUUUAUCUUAAGUGCCAUAUAUUGUACACUUUUAACAAUAGAUAAACAUGUUCAUUUAAUACAAAAAUAACAUCAAAUAUAUGUGUAGCAAAAACCAAAGAUAAAUCCAUUUAACAACUUACCGUCGACUUUUAAGCUGAGAUGGCGUAUGUUUUCCCCCAAUGAAAAACUUUUAGUUUCAUCAAUAAAUCUGGAUCUCCCAACAAAGGAAAAUCUGUUUUAUUACUAUUAGCCAAUAAUGCCUGUCAUUCCAUUUCGCAUGCUAUAGUCAAAUCUUGACUUAAUUUAGCAUCGGCUAGAAAGCAAAAAUCUCUAUUUAUUUUUUGAUAUACUUGUAUACAAAUUCAGCCAUUAAGGGGUUAAUCUGUUACUGCGUAAAUGUAUUAACAGUUAUAUUUUUAAAAAAAAUUAUUUAGUUUUUCCUUUCAGCAGAUGCGACAACAGGCCUAAUGGUUAAUAGUAAUUAAAAAGUAAUAAAACCGAUUUUCCCGUCUUAGGAGAUGGUUUUAUUGAAGCCACAAAGUUAUUUUCAGGACUUAUCGAAUAUCCCUGAAAUGGCUUUGAAAAGAAUAGAAUAGAUUUUUAUUGUCACUGUUACAGGAACAAUGAAAAUCUGUUUAGCAGCAGAUUCUUAAAGUGCAACAAUUAUACUAAAAAUAUACACUGAAAAAUACUGACAAUAUACGAAGCUUCUAAGAAAUACCGAAACAUACAAAAAUCCAAAUCUGUACUACAGAUAGACGAAAUAUAUAUGCAACAAAUAAGUCAUAUAUACAAGGGAAAUUAAAAAUAAGGUGCAUGAGUUGGGGGAAUACUUGCGCUAUCUUGGGUGAUUCCGUAACAUAAAUGGUCCGAUUAAAAUUUGCGACAGCCGACAUUAAGGGGAUAAAAUGAAAUGGUAUUAGUGUGGAUGUAGCUUCAGGUUGUGUAUAUGCAACAGAAUCACCAACUGGACCAGAUUCCUUUUUAUCCAGGCCCAGAUUAUUUAAAAAGAAAGAGGUCCGUGUUGUAAACCUUGUGGAAUCCCGCCACAGCGACUCUGGUUUUACCAGCGUCGGUAACGGUGAAUCUGUGGAAGGUGUCGAUGAUCACCCAGGACUUCUAUCGAUGUUGUACCAGAGGACUUUUCCUGCAUCACUGUGGGUGAGAAGGCGCUCACGACAAGCCACUAAAACACUCUGAGCCAUUCGUUUUUUGGUUGUUUUUUUUUUUUUCGUUUUUAUUUCCCAUUGCACUUACUUUCUCGACUUCAUGGCUUCAGUCAGACCUGGGCGGAAUUCUGUAUUAGAAUAUUUUCUCAUUGCUUUUUUUUUUUCUUUUCUUUUCUUGGGGUCACUUUGAACAGGGUUUGUACGAACGUUUGCACAAACACUGGACUGUGCUGGAGAACCUCUACAGUGUACGAGUUAUCGGAUUAGGAAUCUGCUAGCGCUGUUAUACUGCAGUAAACCUCAGUCAUACGGAACUCUGUGGAAGUUGCGGUAAACGCUUUGCGCCCAGGUCUGGUUUCAGCUGUUUCUCAUGACUUUGUACCUCUGUUUUGUUGAUGCUGAAGAUGCUGCUCACCUGGACAUGUGAAAGGGCUCUGAAGCCUGUCGAAGGUAAAAGCUGAAAGGGUUUGAACCUGAUCUUGGAAAGGGAAGCAGUUUUAAUCAGUUGGUUUGACUCAACAGUUACUUUCUAAAAGAUACAAACUGAUGAAAGGCUUAAAGUAUUCAGUGUUGUGAAAACAUGCUAAAUAAAGACGACUGCUUUUUCCAACUUG